AUGGCGAGCGGCGGCGUGCUGCCAUUGGCAUCGCUGAACCACAUCAGCAUCGUUUGCAGUUCGGUGGAGGAGUCGCUACGCUUCUACAUGAAUGUCCUGGGCUUCAUCCCCAUCCGCCGCCCCGGAUCUUUCAACUUCAACGGCGCAUGGUUAUUUAACUAUGGGAUCGGCAUCCACCUGUUGCAAUGUGAAGAGCCCCAGAGUUUGCCCGGGAAGACGGAGAUCAACCCCAAGGAUAACCACAUCUCGUUCCAGUGCGAGAGCAUGAUGGCGGUGGAGCGGCGGCUCAAGGAGCUGGGCAUCCCGUACAUCCAGCGGUGCGUGGAGGAGGGCGGCAUCUACGUGGACCAGAUCUUCUUCCACGACCCUGACGGCUUCAUGAUCGAGAUCUGCAACUGCGACAACCUCCCGGUCGUCCCGCUUGCCGACCAUACCUUCACCAUGGCCGCCUGCAAGAGGGUCGUCGCCGUCAAGCAACAGCAGAAGCCGCUGGCGGUACAAGCUCCUCCCCUGCAGACGACGGCGACAACCACGGCGGCACAGUGCGUGCCGUCAGCCAACAAGGCGAUGCAGCGUGUGGGCGGCGAGGAGGCGGCACACGUCUCGUGCGCGUGA